UGACUUCAAAACAUCAUCAAACAUACACCAUCACAACUAAACAAGUCAAGCUACAAUGUCAAUCUCAAGAGUCUCUCUCUGCCUUAUUUUUCUCACCUUCCUCACUUCCCCACUUGUGCUCUGCUCUUCCAGCCCCAAAGUGGAUGUAGCAGCGUCAGUCUCAACAGAAGAAGUUCCAAAAAGACAUAUUGAUCCUCCGGCAAUGCUUGUUUCUGACUCCACCGAGGUUGAUUCAUCAUCUUCCAUUUCCAAGAUUGAUGAUGAGUCUGCAAGGAACUCCGCGAUAGCAGGUUUCUUCAGGUAUAGAUUCCCAUUCCACGGAUGGCCUUUCCCAAUGGUUAAGCCUACUACAAAUCCCUCUGUUCCUGCAACACCGGUGACUGGAGCUGGGGAAGAGGAAUCUGAGAAGGUGCCUUCUUCACCAAGUGAAGGAAACAGUGAAGGAAACAGAGAUGGAGGCAACGCGUGAGGAUGAUUGAAGACAUGAAAUGUUCUACUACAAACUUAUAUAUUGUGUGUAAUGACUUUGGGAUCAUUAGCAUCUUAGUUUUUAUAUAUUGUAUCAAAUGAAAAAAAUGUACCAUGUACUAUACAUGUUACGUGACAUUUUACAUGGAUAAUGAAAUGACUGCAAUUUAUAUUAUCUACCAAGCUAUGUGUCAUACCGGUUUCUCAGGUAGACACAUGAAUA